AGCUGUUUUGACAUUUCUCUUCUCUAGUCAAACCGUAUUCAUAAACAAAAUGAAUAAAUGAAAACAAAGUUUACAUGUUGCUUGGUGUUCUACGACUUGUAGUUUGUGUUUUGUAAUGAAAUCAGCUUCGCACAAGGGGGAAAGCUGAUGAUUCGUCAAACACAAUGGCGCAAAUGGCUAUAACUUUGCUUACCCGGGCAAUAGAAUACGAUCUCAAUGGACGGAAGCUGGAAUCACUCAAGUUGUACGAAGAUGGAAUCGAGGCACUGCUCAAGGAAUCAAAAGCUGAAUCCGAUCCGAAACGAAAGCAGCACUUUCAAUCAAAAAUCAUGGAAUACAUGAAUCGCGCCGAGCAAGUAAAGGAAUUGGUGAUGCGGUGGAGAAGCCGAGGAGAAAUUCGGGAUAAAAUACAUGUCGUUGAAGGUGCUACCGGUUACAAUUAUGAGCGGGUAUUUGGAAAAUAUUUCACUGAUGAAGUGAAGGAAAUCCUAAUUGAGGAGCCGUACGUCCGGGAGCACCAUCAACUGUGCAAUGUAGUGAUGUUCUGUGAGCUUGCGGUAUCCAACUGUAGGAAUCUAAAAUUUAUUAAACUUUUGACAGUGCGAGAGCAAAAGAAUAAUGACGAGCAGAACCGAGCGUUUAGUAUUCUGAAAGAUAGCCUGAAAACUCAAGGUGUUGAAUUCUUUGUUGAGUAUUCCGAGCAUAUGCAUGAUCGGCAAGUUAUACUUAGUAAUGGGUAUAUUGUAAAAAUUGGCCGAGGGUUAAACUAUUUCAAACCUUCCUCUAGUAAAUACUGUCUAGGAGCCUUCAAUUAUCACUUUAGACCAUGUAGAGAAACGAAUAUUGAUGUGUUUUACUGUCCAGAAAAUAAUAAAGUAUAG